GGGAUUUUGCAUCACCAUUCUUUCACUUCCCCACUGAUUUUUCGUAUUUUGUAGAGAGAGAAGUGUGUGUUUAUUGGACUUUUAAAGUCUGCAACGAAGUGGAUUGAAGUUACAAUUACAAUUACAUAGUUUAUGUAUUGGGGUUUCAAUUUCAUUGUGGGUUUUUAUUAUCUAAAAAGAAAAAAGGUUUGCUUUAACAAUGGCAACUAGAAGGUCAUUUUCACAACAGCAGCAGCAUAUGGGUUCAUUCGCAGAAGGUUGUGGUUCCGAGUAUGUUCUGUAUACAGAGCUAUGGAAGGCUUGUGCUGGUCCAUUGGUGGAUGUUCCAAAAAUUAAAGAGAGAGUUUACUAUUUCCCGCAGGGUCGCAUGGAACAAUUGGAGGCAUCAACAAAUGAGGAAUUGAAUCAGAAGAUAACAACGUUUAAUCUGCCCUCAAAGAUCCUUUGUAGUGUUUUUAACAUCGAGCUACUGGCUGAAAAAGACACCGAUGAAGUCUAUGCACAAAUUACUUUGAUGCCAGAAACAGAUCAAACUGAGCCAAGAAGUCCCGAUGAGUGUUAUCCUGAGACUCCUGGGCCUACAGUUCACUCAUUCUGCAAGGUUUUGACAGCAUCUGAUACAAGCACCCAUGGUGGAUUUUCUGUUCUUCGUAAACAUGCAAACGAAUGCCUUCCUUCCUUGGAUAUGAGCCAGCAGAUGCCAACCCAGGAAUUGGUAGCCAAGGAUCUGCAUGGGAUUGAAUGGCACUUUAAGCAUAUAUUUAGAGGUCAACCUCGAAGGCAUUUGCUGACAACAGGAUGGAGUACAUUUGUUAAUUCUAAGCGAUUAACUGCUGGGGAUUCUUUUGUAUUUUUGAGGGGAGAGAAGGGAGAAUUACAUGUUGGGGUCAGACGCCACACUCAUUAUCAGAGCUCCAUGCCAUCGUCAUUGAUUUCAAGUCAAAGCAUGCAACUAGGAGUGCUUGCAACUGCCUCUCAUGCCAUUGCUACCAGGACCAUUUUUGUUGUUUAUUACAAGCCAAGAACAAGUCAAUUCAUCAUAGGCCUGAAAAAAUAUCUAGAUGCUGUAAAUCAUGGUUUUGAGGUUGGCUCAAGAUUCAAGAUGCGAUUUGAGGGGGAGGAUUCUUCUGAGAGAAGGUUUUCAGGAACCAUCAUUGGGGUUGAAAAUUUCUCUCCUCAUUGGAAAGAUUCUGUAUGGCGAUCAUUAAAGGUUCAAUGGGAUGAAACUGCAUCCAUUCGAAGACCUGAAAGGGUUUCUCCAUGGGAGAUAGAACCAGUUGUUGUAUCAGUGCCCACGAGCCUGGUUCAAUCGGUGGCAACAAAGCAUAAAAGGUUUCGAUCACAUGUGGAAAACCCAGUUCCAGAAACUCCAACUUCAACAGCACCAGCUGCCUGGAAUCCGUCCCAUGAUUCACAUGAAGUAAAUUAUGCUCUCGAAGAACAGAGGAAUGUCCAUAAAAAAAACUGUGGCAACCAUAAUUUAAACACUUCUGUAAAUGUGUUUGCUGAAGAUACAGAAAAAAGUAAAAGUGCCUCAGCUUGGUCCCUUUUUUCCGACCAUUUAGCUACACAUUCAGGAAAACAAAGUAAUGGCCCCAUGCCUUUCCUGAAUGACAGGAGGGAAUCACAUAAUGUUGCAACAUGCCGAUUGUUUGGUGUCGAUCUGAUCAGUCCUUCAGUAGGCUUCCUUGAUGAGAAUUCGACUAUAAAACCAGUAGAUAUAUCAAGUGAUGCUUGUGAGGGAUAUGUUUCAAGUAAACUGUCUUCGGGUGAUUCAGAACAGAAAUCUUGUCCUUCAAAGGAUUCCAAAGAGUCAAUGCAAGAGAAGUUGCAAGUUCUAACAAAAGAGGUUCAAAGAAGAGAAAAUCACAUCUCCAGAAGUUGCACCAAGGUUCAUAUGCAAGGGGUCACAUUAGGUUAUGCGGUGGACUUGACUGCAUUGAAGGGAUAUGGCGAGCUCAUAAGUGAACUGGAAGAGAUGUUUGGAAUCAAGGGGGAGCUGUGGCCCAGAAAAAAAUGGGAAAUUAUUUUUACAGAUGACGAAGGUGAUGUGAUGCUCAUGGGAGACGACCCAUGGCCGGAAUUCUGUGGCAUGGCACGAAUGAUUUUCAUUUGUUCUUGCCAGGAUGUGAAGAAAAUGCAAAGUGGAAGCAAGCUUCCUUUAUGCAGUGCCGCCAAGGGAGGGAGGUUAACUUAAAACUUGGAAAUUGAUUAGUCAUUUUUUUAGUAAGUUUCUCCAAUGGUUGGAUCGGUUUCUGGUGCUGUAAUUGACGAUGCUUUGGUAAUAAGAUAAGAAAUCUGAAAAAAUCUCAAUAUUAUGAAGAAUAUGGGAAAUAUUUCCAUAUUGUUAACACGUUUGAUCCAAUUACAAAUUUCGCAAGACUUGAAUGUAUUAUUGUGAACUGAUUUGAGUAGAAUUAGAAUCUGUGCACAGUAGGCUUGGUUAUAGUGAAGUAGGAUGAGAAGUUCUCUCCCCUAUAGUUGUAAAUCUAUGUUUGGCAUCUGAAAUUGGAACUUUUAAGCUCUACUUUCGUUCUUGCACAA